AUGAGCGACGGUGAGCUCCAUGAAGAGGAGAACCCGACCAACAGUGCCGCGGAUGACGAUGACGACGAGGAUUAUGAGGAGCCUGGUGGAGGAAAUCACUUCUUGGGGUUUAUGUUCGGCAAUGUAGAUGAUUCUGGUGACUUAGAUGCUGACUAUCUUGAUGAGGAUGCGAAAGAACACCUUUUUGCACUGGCAGAUAAGCUUGGUCCAUCUCUCAAAGACAUUGACCUAAUCAAGUCUUCUCCAGCACCAACUGAUCCUUCUGAACAAGACUAUGAUGAGAAGGCAGAAGAUGCUGUUGAUUAUGAAGAUAUUGAUGAAGAAUAUGAUGGACCUGAAGUUGAAGCAACUACAGAGGAAGACAAUGUGUUGUCAAAAAAGGAUUACUUCUCUUCAUCUACAGUGUAUGCAUCGGUGAAUAGUACAGUUUCAGUGUUUGACGAUGAGAAUUACGAUGAGGAAGAAGAACCACCCAAUGAUAAUGAACCUCCUGGUGAUAGUGCUGCCCAAAAUUUAUCUUCAGUUUCUAUCGAGCAGGCAGAUAUGGCAACCUCAAGCAAUAACCUUGCCAUGGAAAAGAUUGGCUUGUUAUCACAUCCAGAAGAAGGCAUGGACUUUGAAUAUGAAGAUUUGGAGAAUGAAAAGGGCACUGGGGAAGGUCAUCUUGAGCCUGAAAGUGCGACUUCCCUCCCUGUUUUAUGCAUAGAGGAUGGGAACGCGAUCCUGAGGUUCUCUGAAAUUUUUGGUAUCCAAGAGCCUGUAAGAAAAGUGAAAACAGAUCACCACAAACGUCCAGUGAAUAAAGAGCUUCAGAUCACAAAUGUUGCUGACAAUGUUGAAGAAGAUGAGGAACUAAUUCUCCGGAGCACUAUCCAAAAUUUCUCAACUUUGAAGCACAUCCAGAUGAAUGAAGAUUUUGUUGAGAGUGACAGUGAUGAGUCUAUUUCUGAUGUCACUUUAAGGCUAAAGGAUUCAUGUCUUUCAGAACAACCAAUGAAAGAUGCGCAUAAGGAUAUUCGUACUGUCCAGCGAUCUCCAAUUUGUCCUGAUUUUUAUCCACUUGAGCAUGAUGAUUGGGAAAAUGAUAUCAUUUGGAACAAUUCACCAGCAACUGAUCAGCAGCCUUAUGCAAAAAUCUGUGAAUCUGAAGAGAGUGUGGACACCCAUGGUGAAGACCAGGGUAAGGAUUAUGGCCAGGUCUCCAGGUGUUGGGAUGUACAGAGUAAAAGCAAUGGUUCCCCAGUAAUUGAAGAGACUUUUGGUUGUACAGACAUGCCUGCUCCAGCUAACUACUGUUCCCCUGGGAAAAGUUACCCUCCACUGACAAAUGAAGAUAACUUAGAUCACAUAACGCCAAAUAACUUAGAUGAUACAGUUAAAAUUGACACCACGAUGCGUUUAAAUAACCUUAGUUUACUGAACAGGGAAUUAUUAGAAGGAUCAUGGUUGGACAACAUAAUUUGGGAUCCUACUGAGGUUACCCCAAAGCCUAAACUGAUCUUUGACCUCAAAGAUGAUCAUAUGCUUUUUGAGAUCCUAGAUGAAAAGAAUGUGGAUCACCUCCGGUCUCAUGCUCGUGCUAUGAUUGUUAGUCAGUCAACCAAGACUUCAACACCAACAGUUGAUAAUUUUGACAAUCAAGCAAAGACAUUGAGUGGCAGAUUCAACAUCUCCAAUGACAAGUUUUAUUCAAAUAGGAAGACUCCACAGCAAGCUAAAUCUCAUACUAAAAAACGUGCUUUAAUGGGCAUAAAGGUGGUGCAUUCUGCUCCAGCUCAUAAGCUGCAAACCAUGAAGCCAGUAUUGAGCAAUAAGGAAAUUGCAAACUUUCAUAGACCAAGAGGUAAGUGGUACCCACAUGAAAAUAAAAUUGCCGCUCAGUUACAAGGAACUGCUUGUAGCCAUGGGAGGAUGGCUGUUUUACUUAUGUCAUUGGGAGGAAAAGGAGUCAAGAUUUUGGUAAAUGCUGAGGACACUCCGGUCUCUGUCAAAUUAAAAGCAUCAAAGAAGUUCGAAUUGAAGCCUUCCGAGAAGAUCAAAUUGUUCUGUUCUGGGAAAGAGCUUCAGGAUGACAUCUCGUUAGCAAUGCAAAAUGUGCGACCAAACUCCAUUGUGCAUGUUGUUCGCACUGAAGUGUAUCUAUGGCCAAAAGCACAGAAAUUACCUGGUGAGGACAAGCCUCUACGCCCUCCUGGGGCUUUCAGGAAAAAAACUGACUUGUCUAUCAAGGAUGGACAUGUUUUUUUAAUGGAAUAUUGUGAAGAGAGACCUUUGCUUCUCUCGAAUGCAGGAAUGGGAGCCCGUCUCUGUACAUAUUACCAGAAAACUUCCCCAACUGAUCAGACAGCUGCAUCACUGCGAAACAACAGUGAUGGACUGGGCACAGUGCUUGCAAUUGAUCCUUCUGACAAAUCCCCUUUUCUAGGAAAUAUACAUUCUGGGUCCCACCAAUCUUGUCUUGAAACAAACAUGUACAGAUCACCUGUAUUUCCUCAUAAGGUUGCACCAACUGAUUACUUAUUAGUUCGUUCAGCCAAAGGGGCGCUUUCCCUCCGUCGCAUUGACAAGCUAUAUGCUGUUGGCCAACAAGAACCUCAUAUGGAAGUCUUUUCACCAGGGACUAAGAACGUGCAGAAUUAUCUUCUGAACCGAGUUCUUGCAUAUGUUUAUCGUGAGUUUCGUGCUAGAGAGAGGCCUGAUGGUAUUCCUCAGAUUCGAGCUGACGAGUUACCCAUACAAAGUCCUCUGACAGAAGCUAUAGUGAAAAAACGGUUGAAGCAUUGUGCAGAUUUGAAGAAAGGACCAAAGGGUCAUUUUUUCUGGACACAGAGACCUGAUUUCCGGGUUCCAUCAGAGGAAGAACUGAGGAGAUUAUUGACGCCAGAAAGUGUUUGCUGUUAUGAGAGUAUGCAAGCUGGUCUUUAUCGUCUCAAGCGCUUAGGAAUUCUGAAGCUUACUCAGCCUGUUGGACUGGCUUCUGCCAUGAAUCGGCUUCCUGAUGAGGCUAUUGAGCUUGCUGCUGCAUCACAUAUCGAGAGGGAACUGCAAAUCACUAGCUGGAAUCUUACAAGUAAUUUUGUUGCUUGUACUAAUCAGGACAGAGAAAAUAUAGAAAGAUUAGAAAUAACUGGUGUUGGAGAUCCAUCUGGUCGUGGGUUAGGAUUCAGCUAUGUGCGAGUAGCACCAAAAGCACCUGCCUCCAAUUCAGUGCUCAAGAAGAAGUCAGCUGCUGCAAAGGGUACCACUGUAACUGGGACUGAUGCUGAUCUCCGCAGGUUGAGCAUGGAUGCAGCCCGUGAGUUGCUGCUGAAAUUCGGCGUACCUGAAGAGCAAAUUGAUAAAUUAACAAGGUGGCAUCGGAUUGCUCUGGUGAGGAAGCUUUCAAGUGAACAAGCUGCAUCGGGAAUUACUAUUGACGAAAUUCCUGUUAGUAAGUUUGCACGUGGACAAAGGAUGUCUUUUCUGCAACUUCAGCAGCAAACUAGGGAGAAAUGUCAGGAAAUUUGGGACAGACAAGUUCAGUCACUUUCAGCUAUAGAUGGUGAUGACAAUGGCAGUGACACAGAAGCUAACAGUGAUCUAGACUCAUUUGCUGGGGAUCUUGAGAACUUGCUAGACGCAGAAGAAUUUGAUGAUGAGGAUACUAGUACAGCAGACUUGAGAAUUGACAAAGCAGAUGGAAUGAGAGGACUUAAAAUGAGAAGGUGCUCUUCGCAUGCCCAAAUUAACGAGGAAAUUGAAGAUGAUGAAACAGAAGCCUCUCUGGCAAAGAAACUACUUGAAGACGAUGGUAAUGAUGUCAAGAGGAAAAAGCAGCCUGCGGAAUUGACAAAUUGUGGCACCUCUAUAGGUGCCAAUAAAAUGAAGCAGAGUAAGACUGGGCAAAUGAUCAAAUCAUCUGGUUAUGCUGGUGCAUUAACCCCAAAGGAGAGCACACCAAGAGAAGGAAAAGAGGUUGAAAAUUCUUUUGCUGAGGGUGGUUUGCCCUCAAAACUAAAACCAAAGAUGGCACUUGAUGUAAAUGAGAUCCUUCUAGUUAAAAAGAAAAGUGUUCUAGGAAAGGAUGGACCGAAGGAGAAGAAACAGGGUGCAAGGGGGGAUACUCUUGUUUGUGGAGCCUGUGGUCAGGUUGGGCAUAUGCGGACUAACAAACUGUGCCCCAAGUAUGGUGAGGAUCCAGAAAUUUCAGAAAUGGAUGCUAAUUCAGUUAAGUCCAACCCUACGGAUAUAAACCAUUUGCAAGCAAAGAUACCUAAAAGAUUGAUAACAAAAGUUUCCUCUGAAGUUGCUGAAACUGAAGGGCCAGAAGGUAUUGAAAAGACAAAAUCUGUCCCAGUAAAAUUCAAAGUAGGGGCACCUGAUAAAUCCUUGGAGAGGAACAUGUCACUCUCCGUUUCACUCAUUUCUGAUAAACGUGUCAUGGAUGUUACAGACAGUAGAUCUACUGGAAAGGUAAAUAAGAUAGUGAUACCUAAUAAGAUGAAGUCUGAUGAUUUCCCUCCUGACACUCCAAAGCCAUCUGUUGUAUUUCGGCCUCCUGCUGAAGAAAAGAAUGCACCUCUCAAAAAGAUCACCAUCAAGCAGCCUAAAGGCAUAGACCAGCAAAGACAUGUUGAACCUAGGAGUGGUCAGGAGCCCACCAGAAAGACAAGAAAAAUUGUAGAAUUAUCGAGUUUUGAGGAUAAAAGUAGAGAGGAUGAUCAUUGGUUUGGUGGGGAACCCAGCCAGAUGAAUUCCUUGCAUGAGAGGAGGCUGGGUCUGGAAGGAAAAAGAAGCAAAGCCAUAAUGCAAAAUGACAGAUCCUGGAGAGAUUUUGAGGAGCAAAGAGAAAUGCCACAGCCAAGGCUCUUUGAUGCUACGAUAUAUGCAUCCAGGGAUGAAGACCAUCUAAAGGCAAAAAAGAAAAUAAAGAAAAAGAAAAAACAUGAAUUCAAAGAUGAUGACUUACUUGAUCACAGGCCGUACAGAAAUGACAGAAGGGUACCUGAAAGACAUCGAGCAGUAAAAAGAUCUAGUCCGGCUCAUGUGAUUGGAUAUGCGUCAUCUGCUAAGCGUCGCAGAGGAGGAGAGGUUGAGCUCUCCAACAUAUUGGAAAAGAUAGUUGAUCACUUGCGGGGUUUGAGUGGAUCACUGCUAUUUUUAAAACCAGUGACAAAGAAAGAUGCUCCUGAUUACCUUGACUUCAUACAGCACCCAAUGGAUCUUGGUACCAUUAGAGACAAGGUGAGAAAGAUGGAGUACAGAAACCGGGAUGAAUUCAGGCACGAUGUAGCACAGAUACAACUGAACGCACACUUAUACAAUGACGAUCGCCAUCCUCACAUCCCUCCACUCGCUGACGAGCUCAUGGAGGUCUGCGACUAUCUGCUUGACCAAAGUGCAGAUCUGCUCACCGAGGCGGAAGAUGCUAUUGAAUAG